CCUAGUAAUGGAUCCGCUCUCAAAUCGGAGACAUCAGACGGCAGAAUUUCCUUCCUUCCCCAAGCAAAAAUUAAAAUCCCUAGAGAAACCUCCGAACACUCCCCCAAGUCAAGUCCGAGCAAUCCUUUGAAUCAAAAGAGUAUACCAGAAGAAGAAGACUGAGCUCAAAGAACCCAAAAAUGGUUCCAGGGCUGAGACAAUUCACCGACCGGACCGGCGAAGUUGCCGGCGUGCCGGUGCUCGACACUGACAAUGGGGAGGAGAUGAAGUACGUCCAGCCCGGCGUCGCCAUUGUUAUCGCCAAUCGCUCACCGGAAUCUCCUGGAACUCUCUACAUUUCCUCCAGGAAGGUGGUUUGGUUGAGCGAUGUGGACAGGCAAAAGGGUUAUGCUGUUGAUUUCCUGGCGCUGUCACUCCACGCUGUGUCCAGAGAUCCGGAAUCUUUUCCUUCUCCCUGUAUUUACACUCAGAUUGAGACAGAAGCUGAUGAUGAUGAGUCGGACAAGUCGGAUUCGGAGUGUCAAGAAACAUUGGACUUAUCUAAAGUCACAGAGAUGAGGCUUGUUCCUUCUGACCCGAACCAAUUGGAUACUCUGUUCCAGAUAUUCUGUGAGUGUGCUGAGCUCAAUCCGGAACCAAUUGAAGAAGAUGAAGGUUUUGGAGGCGGCAACUGGGUUUUCAGUGCUGACCAGUUGGCUGAUAACGGCUCAGAUGUGGAAGCCCCCGAAUGGUUCUCCCCAAAUCCAACGAGCUCAAUUGGCCAUUCAAAUGGGGAUCAUGACAUUGCCCGUACCGUGCUUGAGCUGCAAAUCAAUGACCAACGAUUUGAAGAUGCGGAAGAGAUGGAACGUGAAAACGAGAAUAGCCCACAUAACUGACUCCUUAGAGCAAUGGUUGCAAGUUGUAAUGUGUUUUUUAACAGCAAUUCUACAACUUAAAGGCUCUCAGCAGUUCCUUGUAAAUUUCAGACCCUGCAUUUUGCUUUUGGAUAUGUAACCAGAGGGAUAUAGUGGCAGAAGAUGUCUCGGUAUGUAACGUUUUAGUGGGUGAAAAGAGUGUCUCUGCAAUGCCAGAGAUUAUGGCUAAAUCUUACUGCAAUAUCAUAGGCAAUUAGGCAUUGUGCUUUUUCUGGCUAAAUUGCAAAUUUGAUCACCUGAAUUACUAGUAAAUUUCACGUUAGCUACUAGAAUUACUUUAUUCCAUCUAUAGUCACUUAGAUUAGGUUAACAGUUCAAGUUUGGUCACUGAUCGUUAGUCUCCGUUAACUUUUGCUGAUGUGGCGGUCAACUCUUAUAGUUGACCGUUAAAUAAGUGACGUGGCAAUUAAAAAAUAAUAAAAUUUAAUUUUUCAU